AUGGGCGUGACCCUGUCGGGAAGCGAGGUGGACAGUGGCUUCACCGAUAGCAUUCCUGUUCUGCCUACAGGGCGGACGGUCACCGUCUCGCCCUUUGGUGGCCGAUCAGACAUCUCCCCACAGGACAAGGGGCAGCCAGAGCUGUACAUUAAUGUCGCCAAUCAGAACUUAAUUCUGUCGGUGGCCAACCUGGUGAGGCUCAACCAAGCCCUUUUUCCACUGAGCAAGAGGAAAAUGGAAUCCCUGCACCAGUGUGGCUUCGAUGACACCAUUAGGUUUCUACUAAAAGAAAAUUGGUUUGAGUAG